GUGUUUUCCGGAGACACUCAAGGAUAGGGCUAAGGCGUGGCUGAUGACACUUGCUCCAGACUCUCUUACCACUUGGGAGCAAGUGUACACGAAGUUCAUCGGGAGGUAUUACUCCCACCAAAAGACUCAAGAGCUGCGGUCCCAAGUUGUCUCUUUUGCCCAACAACCGCACGAGCCACUUCAUGAAGCGUGGGAAUGCUUCAAGGACCUACAGAGACAGUGCCCACACCACAAUAUCCCUCCGGCCCUUUUGAUGAAUGGCUUCUAUGAUUCUCUCCACCAGAACCUUCAGUACAUGGUGGACAAUGCAGCUGGUGGAGACAUUGGGGCGAGAACAGCGGAGGAGAUGAUGGAUAUUUUUGAGGCGUUAAGUUCUAGCUCGUCUCAGAAGAGCAGUCGAGGAAAGAGAGCGGUGGUCAAUGAAGUAUCUUCGGGACGAGACAUGAUGGCCCAUCAGAUAGCCGAGCUGACGGAGCAAAUGAGGCUAAUGAAUGCUCGGACAAUGCAGCCAGUCCAGACCAUGACAGUGGAUACAUGCGGGGCGUGUGGAGCCCAAGGGCACCGAUCAGAGGUGUGCCCAUCAGCUUUCGACCAUGAGGUGGGAGAACAAUAUGCAGAUGUCAACGCCCUCCAAGGUUAUCAGAACCGGCAGCCCAAUGACCCUGCAAUGCAGCAUGACUUACCUAAGAAGGAACGAGAUCCUGGGGGUUUCGUGAUCAAAAUAGCCCUCGGGAAUGGGAAGGAAGCUUCGGGGAUGCUUGACCUCGGAGCGGGAAUCAAUCUUAUGCCGUUUUCUAUCUUCCAGCGGCUCGGUUUAGGAGAUUUGAGAUCAACCCGUAUGUGCCUUCAACUUGCUGACCGUUCCAUUCGAUACCCUAAGGGAGUGGUGGAAGAUGUUCUUGUUCGUGUGGGAAAGCUCAUCGUCCUGGUGGACUUUGUAGUGCUCGAUGUGGGAGACGUUCACGAGAAUGGGAAGGACCAUACCAUCCUUCUCGGCAGGCCGUUUAUGGCCACCACCAACACCCUCAUUGAUGUCAAGAACGGGACCUUGAACAUGACGGUCCUAGGCGAGUCCGUGUCUAUCUCUGUUCGAGAGGCCACAUCUGGCCCUUCGGCGAACUAUAUGGAGGAAUACGCCUUUAUUGAUGUGAGUGACCCGUUUGUGGAGGAGAUUGUU